AUACGGCAGGGUUUUAGUCAAUCAACUUCCUGCUUUGUCUGCUUUCAGUUUUGAUUUAAUGAAAAACAGAAUUUUCUCGAAAUGUCUGUCAUAAACUACAGCAAAUGGGACCACAUAGAGAUAUCUGAUGAUGAGGAUGACACCCACCCAAAUAUUGACACGCCCAGCUUGUUCAGGUGGCGCCACCAGGCUCGGGUUGAGAGGAUGGAGGAACAGAAGAAAGAGAAGGAAACCUUUAAGUCCGAGUUGACCAGUCACCAGCAGAAAAUUCAUGAUAUGAAACAGAAAUUGAAAGAAGCCGAAGAAAAGAAGGCUCUUGAGGACCUUGAUGCCCUGAAGAAAGAGUUGAAAGAAAUGGAGCAACAGGAGACGGAGUUUAGGAGGAAGGAGGAUGAGUUGAAGAAGAAAGAACGGCUUACACCAUGGAAUGUAGACACUCUUUGCCAUGAUGGAAAAUCCAAAACAAUUAUCAACAAAUAUGAAAAAACAGAGGAAGAACUGACGGAAGAUGAAAAGGCUGAAAAACAGUUGAAUUUCAACAAAAACCACAAGGCUGACAUGAAAAAGUUUGGAAUGUUCAGCAAAUACGAUGACAGCCAGGAGUUCUUGAUGAGCCACCCUGAACUGGCCUGUGAGGAGACGGCUAACUACCUCGUCCUCUGGUGUAUUGACCUGGAGAUUGAAGAGAAACAUGCGUUGAUGGCACAGGUGGCUCACCAGACCAUUGUGAUGCAGUUUAUCUUGGAGCUAGCCAGGACAAUGAAGAUUGACCCUCGCGGAUGUAUUAAACCUUUCUUUACUAGAAUCAAGCAGGCUCAGAAGGAGUACAUGGACGCAUUCAAUGACGAGCUGAACGGCUUCAAGGAGCGGAUACGGACACGGGCAAAACAAAAGAUAGAGGAGGCCAUCAAAGAACAUGAAGAGGAGGAGAGGCAGAAGCGGCUUGGUCCGGGAGGUCUGGAUCCUGUGGAGGUGUUUGAGUCUCUGCCUGAUGUCAUGAAGGAUUGCUUUGAGAAGAAGGACAUUGAGAUGUUGAAGAAGGUUGUGGUUGAGAUGCCGAAGGAGGACGCUGAAUAUCACAUAAAACGGUGUGUUGACUCUGGACUCUGGGUGCCAGGAGGAGCGGAGGGGGAAGGGGAGGAGGGAGCAGAAGAGGAGGGAGCAGAGGAGGAGGGGGAGGGGAAAGAGAAAGAUGAGAUUUAUGAAGAAGUAAAGUGAAUUGAGAAGAGAAAUGUUGCAAAUUUCUGAAUGUGAUGUUUGGUAGCUAUAUCAUGUACUAUGUUAAGAAAUAUUUUGCGUCUUAAAUGUCAAACGAAAAAAUUCAGAGAAAUUGAUUGUCAGGAUUAUGGUUUAAAAAUCACUGAAUCCUAAGACUUAUUGGAAAAAAUGUUGUCAUUUCAAUAUAAGUAUCUAUCAUGUGUUUCCGGUACGGAUAAAAAAUCGGACCUGAGGGUACGCGUGUAAGCCGGUAAAGAGGCUUGCUGAGUUACCGGUCACGCAGCGUGCCCGAGGGUCCGAUUUUUCCGAUCCGAACCGGAAAAACAUGAUUGAUAUUUUUUCUUGCAUACCUAAGAUUAUGAAUUUGUGGAAAAAAUGACGUAGAAAUUGCACUUUUGUACAUUUCACCAAAAAGCGUGUGCGAUGUUGUGACACACAGUGUACUGACGUCAUAAAACGCAGUAAUUUUAAAUAACUAAAAAUUGUGUGUUUUACGAUUAUUUUCAAUUUUAGUUUAAAGACUUGCAUACAUAUAUAUUUGAUUGCGUUUUUUUUGAAAAUGCAUACUAUUAUUUUCAUAAACCAUGCAAUAAAAGAAAUAAGAAGUGGCGCGUUGUUUCGCAUGACUCAUCUUACAUGGGGUAUGUAAGAUGGGCUUUUCCAGCACUGGCCACAUGACCGGAAACACACGUCCGGUAUGCAAGAGUUUACAAUAUGACAUGGACAAACAUGUAGGAUAAUAACAUUGAAAUUCUUUUACCAUGGAAUACCAUUAUAUUCUUUUUGCCAGUUUCACAUAAAAUUAUUAUACUUUUUAAUUCUACAAAAAGUUUGCAAUUUUCGUUAGAUUUUGCAGUUGGUGAGAACCUUAUACAAGUGUUAUCUCAUGUCAUAUCACUAGAUAUAAGUAUUUACAGUGUUGAUAUCACAUUAUUACAACUAUUCAACAUUUUGCAUGAGUUUUUGUUUGUGUUGUAUUGGAAGUUAAGGAAGUCAACCAUAACACACUUUCAUGUCCUUCCAUAUGUCAUUGGUGUUAAAUUAGCCUAGGAAUAUGGAAUAUUGCUUUGUUGUAGCUUUGAUGUUGAUAAUAAAUAGUAAAAAAUAGAUAUAAGUUGUAUAAGGAGAUGUAUUUUGAUAUGGUGUUUAUGGAACGCAGAUGAGAUCAAGCGUUGCAUGUUAGUAUAUCUAUAGUAUGCAUGAAUUACACAUCUUGCAUGCCAUAAUGCUUGCUACUGUUGAUGAUUGUUGUUAAGUCUGUACAAAUGUCACAAAUGGCAACCAGUUAGAAAAAAAUAUUCCCACAUCUUUUGUAUUUAUUUAUUUAUCAUACUGGUCAAACUUCAAUUCACUGAUAUAUGACACUAAAAUAAUUUCCCUUUAUGACCAACAUUGACUAGGAUCUUGGUUGAUAGGUUCCCAGACUUCUCAACCAAUCAUAAAAUCACUAAAUCAGCAAAUCCAAUUAAAAGCAUUAAGCCUUAUCCCACUAUUUGACAUUUAUUGUCUAAUCUUUGAAGAGAUUCAAGUCAAAUUAUUUGAAUUACCACAAAAUCCGGUAAAAUCAUGUUUUAAUAAGGUUUCUUAAGCUAAUUUAUGUCGCUUGCCUUUAUUUUAGAAAUUUUGAUAGAAAUAACACUAAGAAAAAUCCCUUUGUUUGCCUGAUCUUAGAUUUUUGCUAUCUAUUACAGCAAUUUUAAUCUUGAAAAGUGUAUUGACUAUUCAUAAUGCAGGUUGAGCCAUGUUCCAUUCAUAAACUUUGUAUCAUUUUUUUGUUUAUAUGUUGCUGUUCUCAAAUCUUAUCAUAUAAGGACAUUAUCGUUGAUGCUUGAUGAUUGUAUAGCAUGUUGUUUAAGAAUGUUUUGUUUCUGUUUAAAUUGAAUUGUACAUAAAUAUGUUAACAGUGAUGUGCUGAAUCAAUGAAGUCAUAUUUACAUGUUUAUUGUACAAAUUUCAUAUUCUUAAAUGUUUCAUCACUCUUGAAUAAAUUUCAUUACAAAUGUU